ACAAGUCACAGCCCUCGCUAUAUUAGAUACGAGGGUUCGAUUCCCAGCAGAGAAAAUCCCAAACUCCCUACGCCGUUUUCUCUUUCUCGCGCGCUUUUUUCACUGAUUCUCUCCAAUUAACGUACAUAAACCAAAUUACAAAAAAAUAAAAUCCCAAAUCAUGGGAAUCGGUCCUUCUCCGGCCGCCGAGAAAGUUGCCUGCGAGUCUCCGUCGGGAAUUUCAGUCUCAUUGUUCGAUUAUUCAGUAGAGAAUCACUUCAAAGCAAUGGAUACAAUUUCUAAGCUCACCGGCGUACCUGAAAUUGAUGAUUCCGAUCAAGCUGAGAUUAAUCGAUUAGCUUCCUCCAUUACAUUCUUAACAGAAUGGAAAGAUCUCAAGUACGAAGUAAGAGAAGCUAAAUUUGCUUGCGAGAAUGAGACUUCUAAAGGAAUUGAUGUGAUUGGCGAAAUAAGUUUGCCUCAAUUUUCUUCAGCGGAAGUUCCUAAGAAGCAGUUGGUGAAUGAGCAGCCAGUUCCCCGAGAAUCGAGCAAAGACUUUGUAAUGUAUGUUGGAGGUCUAGUGUGGGGAAUGGACUGGUGUCCCCGAGCUUAUGAAAAUAGGGAUGCUCCUAUCAAUAGUGAGUUUGUCGCAAUUGCUUCUUAUCCUCCUGAUUCAUCAUACAGCAAGAUUGGUGCCCCACUUACAGGCAGAGGUGUAAUUCAGAUAUGGUGUCUGUUAGAUCUCAUUCAAAAAGAUUUAAUUUUGAAAGAAGAUUUGUUAGCUCAGGUUAACAAAAAGAGAAAUCGAAAUUUGACAAAAAGUGAAGCAGAUAAGGGAGAAACAUCUGGACCUCGAAAACCAAGAGGAAGACCGAGAAAGAAACCUAUAACUGAAUCUCUAGGUGAUAGAGAUUGUGAUGACCACAAUUUACAACCUCUUGCUAUAGAGUACCCGCAGCAAUCAACAGAACUUUCUGUAGAUUUGUCUUGUGAAAAUACGAAGAAAGCCCGAGAAGAUUUGGGGCAAAAUCAAGAAAGAUCCAUUGUUGUGGCAUCUCUAGAUUCUCAGCUUACUGCUUCAAAUAGGAGAGGCAUGAGAAACAAGGCAAGAUCAAAAGGUCAAACCGAGAAUUCUGGUGUGAUUCCGCUAACACACUAUAUUGCUGAAGAGUCUCCAGUUGUGAGUUCCCAGACAUAUGCUAGCAGUGGUCUUGUUUCAGCUGGGUCUAAUAAGAGUGGUGCCACCACAACGAAAAGAAAGAAAGAUAAAGAAAUGACGGAAAACCAAACCCAUGAUUCUUCCUCGGCUUUGCUAACACAAGAUGUGGAUAAAGAAUCUCUCAACAUGUCCCAAACACCUGAUAGCCAUGGCAUUGUUUCAUCACAGUUUGAUGAGAAUGGUUCUCAUGUAAUUCAACAAAUACCAACAGAUGUUUCUCUACCUAGAAUGGUAUUAUGUUUAGCUCACAAUGGAAAAGUAGCAAGGGAUGUUAAAUGGAGGCCUUUAAAUCACUGGGAUGUCUCCAGACAUAGAAUGGGUUAUCUUGCUGUGAUAUUGGGAAAUGGAGCUUUAGAAGUGUGGGAGGUUCCUUUUCCUCAUAUAAUUAAAGUUUUUUAUCCUUCUGUUCAAAAGAAGGGUACUGACCCUCGUUUCUUGAAAUUGCAACCUGUAUUCAGAUGUUCAAUGCUGAAGUGUGGUGAUCGGCAGAGCAUUCCCUUAACAGUGGAGUGGUCUGCUUCACCUCCGCAUGAUAUGAUUCUCGCUGGAUAUCAUGAUGGAGUGGUUGCCUUGUGGAAGUUUUCAGCCAAUAAUUCAUCUAAAGACACAAGGCCUUUGCUUUGCUUCAGUGCAGAUACAGUUCCUAUUCGGGCUCUUUCCUGGGCACCAUUUCAAAGUGAUUCUGGGAAUGCAACUGUUAUCAUCGCAGCUGGUCACAAGGGGCUAAAAUUUUGGGACUUACGGGAUCCCUUCCAUCCUUUGCGGGAGUAUAACGUAGGCCAGGGAGUUAAUAUAUGCAGUGUGGAUUGGUUGCCAGAGCCAAGAUGUAUUAUAAUAUCAUGUGAUGAUGGGACACUAAAGAUCCUUAGCUUGCCGAAGGCUGCAUAUGAUGUACCUGUCACAGGAAACUUUUUAGUUGGGACUAAACAGCAGGGAUUCCAUAGUUUCUCUCGGUCUCUACUUGCGAUAUGGAGUGUGCAAGCUUCCCGAGUAACAGGCCUGGUUGCAUAUUGUGGGGCAGAUGGUACAGCUGUUCGGUUUCAGCUGACUAGCAGAAUGGAGAAUGAUGCUGUGAGGAAUCGCACCCCACAUUUUCUCUGUGGAUCAUUUUCCGAGGAUGAAUCAGGUAUCAGCGUUGUUACUCCAGUGCCAAAUUCUCCCUUUCGAACGUUCUACUCAGGGAAACAGUGGCGUGAUACCAUCUCAAGAUUUCCACAUGGUGUCAAUUCAGUCCCAAAUCAGGAGAAACGAGCGAUGGAGCAAUCAGAUGAACAGCCUCUGGCUCUAUGUUAUGGCAAUGAUCCGAACAUUGAAGGAGGAUCAGAUGACGAGUUAGUGGCUCAGAAGAGUAAACAGACAUCAAAAACAAAAACAAAAACCACGAGCAAGAAACCGAAAGCUGAUGAAUGUGAUCUUAUAUGCAAUGAAGAAGGACCAACAAGAUUGAGAGAGAAACUUGAAGAAUUGCCUCCCAAAGAUGUGUCGAUCAAUCGGGUAAGAUGGAAUAUGAACAGAGGCAGUGAGAGAUGGCUAUGCUAUGGAGGAACUGCCGGGCUUGUACGCUGUCAACAGAUUGAUUUAUCGACUGUUUGAAUAACUUCACCGGAGGAUGUUGAUUGUAAGCUUGUAUUAUUAGUAAUUUAUCAUGUCAUGUAUACACUUAUUUGUGGUUAACCCUCAUAGUUUAUGUAUGUAUAUUAGCAAUUUCAAUAGAAGUAUUGGGGUUUAUCGA